GGUGAACGCUACCGGAGAUGCUCUCGUCGCCAGAGAAAACAAGCAGAGAGUCAGAGACAUAAAUUCGACAGCCGGGGCCCACAUCGCCUGUCACGACAGUCAGCUAAUGUCAGAAUGGAUGCUGACGACUGCAAUGGCCGUUCCUAUGUGUCAGGCAGUGGAGACUCAUCGAUGGAGAGGGAAUUCUCUGGGGGCCUGGGGGGACCCAGCGUAAGCACUCCCAACAGCCAGCACACCUCACCCAGCCGCUCUCUCAGUGCAAAUUCCAUCAAGGUGGAGCUGUACAGCGAUGAGGAGCCGGGCCGCGCGGCGGGGUCUGAGGAGAGGGGCGUCGACGACAGGGAUGAGGGCUGGAAGGAUGAGCAGCGGGGGGACCGGGCAGAGGAGGGCAGCCCGGAGCUGGGGAGCGUAGGGGGCGGGGGAGGUGGAGGCGGAGGCGGCGGAGGGGGAGGUUAUGGGGAGCUGGCCAGCCCCGAGCCCAUCUCGCCAGGGGCCAUCCGGCUGCCCAACGGGAAGCUGAAGUGCGACGUGUGUGGGAUGAUUUGCAUCGGCCCCAACGUGCUGAUGGUGCAUAAGCGUAGCCACACAGGUGAGAGGCCAUUCCAGUGUAACCAGUGCGGUGCCUCCUUCACCCAGAAGGGGAACCUGUUGCGCCACAUCAAGCUGCAUUCUGGAGAGAAGCCCUUUAAGUGUCCCUUCUGCAACUAUGCCUGCCGCCGCCGGGAUGCCUUAACGGGACAUCUCCGCACCCAUUCUGUGUCCUCCCCCACUGUAGGGAAGCCCUAUAAGUGCAGUUACUGUGGCCGCAGCUACAAGCAGCAGAGCACACUGGAGGAGCACCGGGAACGCUGCCACAACUACUUGCAGAGCCUGGACCCCCAGCCCACUCACAGCGCCCACACUCAGGGUGAGGAGAUGCGGGAUCUGGACUUCAUGCCAGACUCCCUGCUCCAGCCCUCUGCUGAUAAAAUGACUUUCAUCGACAGGCUGGCUAACAGCAUCACCAAGCGCAAGAGAUCCACACCCCAGAAGUUUGUAGGAGAAAAGCACAUGCGUCUCAGCCUGGGUGACGCAUCUUAUGAGCUCAACACUGGCUUCGAGAAGGAGGCAGACAUGCUCGGGGCUCAGCAAGGAGGGGUCGACCCGCCAAACUUUGUGGGGGGUGGGGGGCCGUACCUGGGGGGACCAGGGGGAGGGGGAGGUGCGACCACAGACUCCGUUCGACCCCUCAGGUUACCCCCACCUCACCCCACCUGCCUGUCGGAGCUGACCCCCGUCAUAAGCUCUGUGUACACCCAGCUGGCCCCCCUGGGGGCGCGGCUGGACUGUGCAGGGGGUGCAAGCGGAGGGAUGGGAGGCGGGGCUGGCGCCCCAGGCCUAGGUGGGCGGGAGGCGGGGGAGGGCCACGAGGACCUGCCCCCUGGCCGCAGCCAUGCCCCCUCCCCCAGCAACGGCUGCCAGGAUUCCACGGACACGGAGAGCACGCCAGAGGAGCCGUACGCCACACCAGCCUGUGGGGGGAGCUCCAACCACAACCCACCCCUGCCACCCCCCCACCGCGGCCGAGACCGGCACAGCCCUGGCCAUGCCAAAGAGAGAGACAGCGAGCGAGAGGACGGGGGGGGGUCGCAACCACCAGGCCCCGCCCCCGGCUCCCCUGCUGCCCGAGAGGCGGUGCGGGUGGUGGACGGUGAAGGCCGGCCCGUACGCUCCUUCCGCUGCGAGCACUGCCGCGUCCUCUUCCUGGACCAUGUCAUGUUCACCAUCCACAUGGGCUGCCACGGCUUCCGCCAGCCCCUUGAGUGCAACAUCUGUGGCCACCGCAGCCAGGACCGCUACGAGUUCUCCUCCCACAUCGUCCGCGGGGAGCACAAGGUGGGCUGA